CACGUGCCUGACACUUUAAGAAGAACAUCUUGGAACGCCCUCUAUUUUUUGAUAGAUUCGCGGUUUUCCGUUAACUUGGUUACUUGCUUGAUUUACAAAAGUUCGUUGAGAUAAUUAUAUCACAUCAUCUAAUAUUUGGAUUUUUUAUUUGGCUGCUGAAGUUUUCAGGUGAGGUGAAAAAAGAUGUCCACAUCUAAGCCCAAUAUAACAGUCCACGAUUUUCUGAAAAUCGAAAAAAUUGGAGAAGGCACAUAUGGAGUAGUCUACAAAGGCAAAAACAAGAAGACUGGCCAACUGGUAGCAAUGAAAAGAAUAAGAUUAGAAGCAGAAGAUGAAGGUGUUCCGUCAACGGCAAUCCGAGAAAUUUCUCUGUUAAAAGAACUGAGACAUCCCAAUGUGGUUUCCCUUGAAGAUGUGAUGAUGGAAGAAAAUAGAUUAUAUUUGAUCUUUGAAUUUCUUGCUAUGGAUUUGAAAAAAUAUUUAGAUAAACUACCAUCUGGUACUACCAUGGAUCCAAAAUUAGUCAAGAGUUAUCUGUAUCAAAUAAACGAAGCUUUAUUAUUCUGUCAUCAGAGACGAGUUCUUCACAGAGACAUGAAACCACAAAAUUUGCUUAUUAAUAGAGAUGGACAAAUAAAGGUUGCAGAUUUUGGUCUUGGGCGUGCCUUUGGAGUCCCAGUAAGAGUUUACACACAUGAAGUUGUUACAUUAUGGUACAGAGCACCUGAAGUACUUUUGGGAUCUUCAAGGUAUACUUGUCCUAUCGAUAUCUGGUCCAUGGGAUGCAUUUUUGCAGAAAUGGCUACCAAAAAACCUUUGUUCCAGGGAGAUUCAGAAAUUGAUCAGCUCUUCAGAAUAUUCAGGAUUCUCAGAACACCUACCGAUGAUAUCUGGCCAGAAGUUUCUUCUUUUCCGAACUACAAAGCUACAUUCCCAAACUGGGUUAACUUUAACCUGGCUAGUCAAGUUAAAAGCUUAGACGACGACGGUAAAAAUUUAUUACAAGAAAUGCUGGUCUAUAAUCCAGCGAAUAGGAUAAGUGCAAAACAAAUCGCUAGACAUCCGUACUUCCAAAAUCUUGAUUUAACUAUAAAACCAGUAAUCCCAGAAGACGACAAAAAGUAACCAUCUAAUAUGUAAAUUUUUUAUAAUGCUGGCUUUUAUUUUAGCAUCUCAAUAUUACAGGGAUUACAUGCUUAUUGAACAUUUAUUUUUUAUACGGAUGAUGAUUUAUGACUUGUUUAAACAAUUGAUCAUUUCGUGAAUGCAUUAUUUUCUUUUAGUUUUUGAAAACUAUUUAAAACAAUUGUUUAUAAAUAACAUACUUUCAAAAUGAAGGUCAGCAUCAUUCUAUUCCAGACCAAACAACUAUUUAUUUAUUUUUUUUUUUUCGAUUAUAUUCUGGAUGAAUAUUUUGGUUACUUUUUGCAAAUUGCCACGGCAGUUUUUGUUUUCUUGCUUAAAUCGAAUGAUAGUAGCGGAAUUAUAUAUUUUUUAUUUUUGUACUCUGUGUAGUAAAAGGUGUGUUGAUUUAAGCGCAAUAACAAAUCUGCCAUAAAAAUAUUUCGUUUAAAAUAAUUAGCAGCUGUUCGCUUUUAUCGGUUUGAAGUAAACCAUUUUUGCUAUUAUAAAGAUUUUAACAGUAAGAUUCAUAAGCUAUAUACAGGGUGAGUGGGGAAGAACGCGCCAAACUUUAAGGCUGUAAAAUCUGUAUAAUAUACGUAAAAAUAAUCAAAAACAACUCAUAUGUUGUUAUUCGAUUUUCAUUUGUUUCCGAGAUAUGGGAUGUUAAAAUUUUUCUUACAAACUGACGAUUUAUCUAUUGCUAUGAAACCGGUUGAGGUGUGCAAAUGAAAUUUGGUGGGUUUUAAGACAUAGUUAUUGCGCAUAUUUGACACACAAUUAAGAAUUUUAUAUUCACCAUUGGCGCGCGUAUGGAUGUGUCCGAAAUUUUUUAGAGAAAAAAAAUAGUACGCUACUGAGAUAUUUCAAAUUAAAAAUUAAUUUUCAAUUCCCUGUUCAAUUUCUGACAAACCAUCUAUCUUCAUAAAAAAUACCAAGUUUCUUGUAAAAGGUAUAUAUUAAAAUACCCUAAAUAA